GAAAGGGAAGGAGGCCACUUGGCUUUUGUAAUUCUUUAUUGCAUAUAAGAGCGUGUAUUAUAUUGUCCAGGGCAUGGUAAUACAUGCAUGGACAUAUCUUGAUGUGUAGAUUUACUUCUGAAUUAAUAGUAUAUCUGGAAGAAAAGCAGAAGGCAACUGCUGAGCAGGUGCGGCUUAGAAAUAAGCGACGGAAAGUAGUGAAACUGUAAUUGUAGAAAAAAAACAGUCUGUGUGAACAGCACGUACUGAGACUUCAUAGAUAGAAGUGAACUGUCUUCCCUGGGUAAAUUCUGGUGGUAUCUUGUAUAAGGAAUCUUCAACUCAGAAUCUGUGUGAGAAUUGUGUUUUAAAGGGCUGUGGUUUCUUUCCUUCAGCAGAACGUGCUGUUCUCCAGCACAUCUCUCUGUUACUAAGAAAGUUAAUUUUUAUUAGACAGCAGGCAUUCAGGUCAACCAGCAUAGGUGCAGAAAACAUACUGAAAUGCUUGGGAAAAUGGAAACAGUUGGGCCUUUAGAGCCUGGCAGUAGGUCAAUGCUUCUGAUGUCGAGUGUGACUCUUUAAAUGCUUGACUAGGCUUUUUACUUUUUUAAUCUAGGUAUGUCAUUUUUCUGACCUUAUGAUUGGCUAUACAGGGUGUACCGCUUGCAUCUUGUCAUGACGUUUAUCUAAAACAAGUGGGGUUCUUAAAUUGUGUUAAAUCUGGUGACAUGCUGGUUUUUUGACAACUGUUUCACCCCGUGGAUACAGGUGGACAUUCUGUUCAGUAGCAGUCCUGCUUACAGGUUUGUUUUUGAGUACACAGGGAGACAUCUCAUGCAGCUGCACUGUCGGGAAGCAAAAUAUAUACCCUGGUACUAAGAUCUGCAAGUGGUUUCUUACAUCCUAACUCCAGGUGUCUCCUUCUCCGUGCCUGCUAGUUCCCAGGCAUUUAGAGACGCUGCAAAAUAAACUGCGGUAUUUGGGGACCAUGGCUACAGAUCCACUCUCGGAGCUUCAGGAUGACCUGAACUUGGAUGAUACCAACCAGUCCCUCAGCCAGCUCAAACUGGCCUCCAUAGAUGAUAAGAGCUGGCCAGCAGAUGAAGCCCCUGCUUUUCCUAAAUCAGAGGACUCCAAAGGCUCCCCUGAGCCCGUCACUCACCUGCAGUGGGACGAUCCCUACUAUGAUAUCGCCAGGCACCACAUUGUGGAAGUAGCAGACCAGGGUGCACUUGAUGGGGCCCAACCAGGUGAUGACAAAUAUGGAAGGAAAGUCAUUUUGUUCAGUGCCUGCCGGAUGCCCCCAAGUCAUCAACUUGAUCACGUGAAACUGCUGGGGUACCUGAAAUUCACAUUGGACCAAUACGUGGAGAGUGAUUACACACUGGUGUACCUGCACCAUGGCCUGACCAGUGAGAACAAGCCAUCCCUGAGCUGGCUGCGGGAUGCCUACAGGGAAUUUGAUCGCAAGUACAAGAAGAACAUCAAAGCCUUGUAUAUUGUGCACCCAACCAUGUUCAUCAAGACUCUGCUGAUUCUCUUCAAGCCUCUGAUCAGCUUUAAGUUUGGACGAAAGAUUUUUUAUGUGAACUUCCUUAGUGAGCUGGAGGAGUAUGUGAAGCUGGAACAGUUGGGAAUCCCAAGCCAAGUGCUGAAAUACGAUGAAUAUCUGAGAUCCCUGCAGAAACCUUCACAAGUGCCCCAGAAGCCAACACCCCCACGCCCACCGCUGCCAAACCAGCAGUUUGGAGUCUCGCUCCAGCAUCUCAGGGAGAAGAGCCCUGAUCAGUCGCCUGUUCCUCUGGUGGUCAGAGACACCAUCGCUCAUUUGCAGGAGCAUGCUCUUGCUACAGAGGGGAUUUUCCGGAGGUCAGCAAAUACACAGGUUGUCAGGGAGGUUCAGCAAAAAUACAACAUGGGUGUGCCUGUAGAUUUCCAGCAGUAUGAAGAUGUCCACCUCCCUGCUGUGAUUCUCAAGACCUUCUUGAGGGAGCUACCUGAGCCCCUCCUCACUUUUGGCCUCUACAGCCAUGUUGUCAGCUUCCAGAGUGUAGAGGAGGUGAAUCGUGUGGAUGUUGUUCGCAAAACACUCCAGACUCUGCCGGAAGAAAACUAUGAAGUGCUCCGUUUACUGACAGCCUUUCUGGUGCAGGUCUCUGCUCACAGUGACAGAAACAAGAUGACAAACACCAACCUGGCAGUUGUGUUUGGCCCGAAUCUGCUGUGGGCCAAAGACGUAGCCAUCACCCUAAAAGCCAUCAACCCCAUCAAUACCUUUACCAAGUUCCUGCUGGACCACCAGAAGGAGCUCUUUGAGGACGUGGAGGCCUGAAUGCAGGCCAGCCCACACCAGCACACUGUACCCACCUUCCCACCUUCUUUCCCACCUUGUCUUGGAGCUGUGACCAAGCUGUCUCCAGCGCAAAGGGACCAUUGAUACUCUGGGUGAUGAGCAGAGCGAGGGCUGUGGAGAUGGUGGAGAAAGGAUGUAAGUAAGCUAGCAGGAGACCUGCUGCUCCAGACGGGGAGGGGAGCCGGUCUCCCAGCUGCUGCGAGGGGAGUCCUAACCCACGUACCAGCCUGUGCAGCUCCUCCGGGGCUCAUCACCAGUCUGCUGCCCUAUCAGAUGACCUGCCUUCCUUUCUUCCUUCCCUCAUAUGCGGUUUUUCUGCCCUCCUGCUCUCUUCCUCUUUUUUGUUUAAGCUCCCAACCGCCCCAGCUCGCUCCCUUGCCUCAGCUGGGUUGUCUGAGCUAGGGCAGGCUUGCUGGGUUUUGUGGCAGAGAUGUUCCUGCUGCCAGUGCCAUCUCUCAGCACUGAGCGCACACCCUGCCUUUCCUCAGAGGCACCUAGAGCAGGGAAGGGAGCCUGGCAGCCCUUGUGCCAGGUAGCAGCGUGUCCUGCGCUUGCGAACACCACUCCAGACCCCCUGCUUUUGGCAGGCAAGUGACGGACAGGCUCGGGGCACACGGCCUGUAUUACCUGUCAGCCUCCGAUGCAAGGAAGCUGAAUUUAGCCCAACCUCCUCUGGGGUCGCCCACUCCAGAUACUACUCAGUGUUUGCCGGGGCGUAGUAGGUGAGGCGCCUCCCACAGUUACCCCGCUCAGGCGUUUGUCCCUCCAGCAGCAUUUUCAGCCUGGCUGGAAAGGUUCCUGCCAGACCUGGCUGUGCGGGAAGGGGGCUGGCGGGGGGCCCUUUGACAGCUGGGGAGCCUGAAUGGCGGGGGGCAAGUGCCCAGGUGGCACUGAACUGCUGAACGCUAUGAGCAUCGCUGCCUUGCCCUGUGGCAGCAGCACUCCUCCGUCGGGCAUGUGUGUCUGUGCCAACGGGCACGGGCCACCUUGCCUGGUCGUCUUUUUGAGCAGAACUUUCCCUGGCACAGUGUAACCGAGAGCUUGGCCUUGAGGGGCGGUCUGGGGACUGUGGCUAACCCUCACCCUGGAGUGCACCAGGCCUGGAUUAGGAAUUUCUGCCCAGGUGCUGAGCAUUCGUGCCAAAGCUGUGAGGGAACAGCUAUUCCAUGCUAAGGGCCUUCACCCCAUCUCCGCCUCAGUUCACGCCUGCCGUGCCACCGUGGAAGCCUGCUCAGAGGCACCCUGUGUGCCCUGGGCACAGCUGGAGAGGUCAGGUUGUCCUCGGGGCGGGCUCAGAGUGGGGUGGGCCUGGCACCUGCCCAAAGAGCUGCGAUACUGUUAGGGCACCCCUGUUGGUUUGGAGUUGCAGCAUUCCCGUUCCCUGAGCUGAGAUCCCUCUCUUGAGCCUGGGCCGGUAGGGUGUUAGCAGGGAGCUUCUAGCCUUACUUCACUGCUGUGUGUUCCGUCUUUGUGACUUGUACCCCGCAUGCCUGGGCCAGUCCCCCCCCUGCUGCAACUGGCGACGGGGACAAAUCUUUUGGACCAAGCAGAACAGAUUUUUAAAAAGCUACUGAAUGUUAAAUAGAAUUUGCUUUUUUAUAAUAUUUUAGCCUGCCUUUAAACACUGACCGAAGGUCGGUGCCCCAGUUGUAAACAAAAUAAGUGACAUCUGCUGCAGGAAUUAUGGAAAUGGUUCUUCUCUGCUAAGCCUUGGAAUGGGGUGGGCGUGAACAUGGGCAGCUCUGCGGGCAGCGCAGGUCCAGCCAGCUGGCUCAGAGGAGGCACACCAACACGUGGGUGGGAACAGUCAGCGAGAAACUGAGCAUUGCUAAGGCUGGAGCAAGAGAUGUUUUAGGAGAGGGCUGGGUCUGGUCCUUCCUGGCUACCGGGGGACUUUGCCCUACAAAGGCUGUAGGGCUGCUUAGUCCCGCUCUGCCAGGAACAGGAGGAGUCUUACCUGUCCGGCCAGGAUGUGACUUGUUGCAGCCGGAACAACUGGCAGCGGUAACCACAUCAAUGUUUUGGAGGUAGAGAGAUGCUCAGCUCCUGAUUCACCUGUGCUCCCUGCUCGGGUAGGUUAGAAGGGCCGAUGUGCUAUGGAGGAGUAAUCUGGGAUGGACCGUGUGGAGAGAGGUGUACCUGCCCCAGUGUUUGUUUCAAGAGGCAAGGCUUUCCGGACAGCCUGGGAGGAGCAUGGAGGCUGAGGGAGCCCAGCGCAGCCCCUUUCCCUGCAGCCACCCGGCUCUGUGAGGGCUUCAGUACGGGGGAGACGGUGUGCUGACUGUGUCUUGCAGCUGACCCUGGCUUCGCUUAUAUUCCCCCCCUGAGGAAAGGCAAAGCCAGCUCGCUUCUCCUGGGACAAACAAGCCCAAGGUCGGCAGCUCGGAACGGGAAGUGCCUGUGUGCCGGGGCACGAGGCCUUGGCCCUGUGUGCAGCCCUGGCUCCCCAGGGAGGGUGGCACGUUCCAGCCCUGCAGAGCAGCAAGGACCAUUCCCUGCCCAGGAGAGAUGGGAGCAGGGCUGGUGUAGCUUGGCCCCUCUCUGGAGGGACAGCAGGGAUUGCUGCAAGUGCCCGUCCUCUUCUGGCUAUAGUUUGUUUGGUGGGUGCUCUUUUUUUUUUUGUUGUUGUUUUUGUUUGGUUUUUGUAGUGAAUUCUUGAAAUAAUGUUUCCUUUUUUAGCAAAAAUGGAGACUGGUGCAUCCCCUGCAGGCAGGGAUAAAAGCCUGCUCCAGUUCAGUGCCUGCAGGGAGCAGAUUUGGAGGGUGUUCAGGAACCUGCUACUGCUCAUGGUGGGAAAGUGCUUGCAAAUCCUGGAAGGGACCCAGUGUAAAUAUCCCCUUUCCUCUGUGGCUCCUCAUGCUGGAGCUGCCGGGGGCCCUGGAGCAGGCACAGUAACAGGGUUGCUUUUGCUUCUGCAGUCUGCUCUCCAGAAUGCCUUGUAUUAAACUCUCCCUCCUGUGACUUGAGCAAGCGGCCUGGGCCUGCCUGCAGCCUGCGCUGGCUAGGUGGCCACUGGUGCCUGCGGCUGCCGAGCCCGAGGGCUACAUUCCCUCCUGGCCUGGACAGCCCGUCACGCAGGGCGCUGGCCGGGCUGGGUUUCUCCAGCUGCGGGCAGUGUCAGGUAACGUGCUGGUCGUUGGUUUUCUCCUUGCUGUAGAGCUGCCCAAGGGUCUCUUCCCUGGCUCAUCCUCCGGGUUAGCUGUUAGCCGUCUCUCCCUAGGGGGGUACUUGUUCCACUUCAACGCUCCGCCUCUUAGCACCUAGCCCAUUCCCUCUGCUGAGCCUCCUGCCAUCUUCGCGGCCUCUGAUCGCUCCCCAGCCCGAGCUGUGUGCAGACACUGGAGCUCUCUGGUGCGCAGGGGCGGCAGGGGCUGGCUGGCUGCCUUGUGGCAGUGUUCGCUGAUUCCAGAGAGAGCUGAGGGGGCCAGGUUGGUCCCCGUUUCCUCUCAUGCACAGGGGCUCCUGUACAAAAUUUUUGGCUUUGCUUUUGUUGCUGGUGUUCCCUGCCUUCUUUUAUGUUGAUGUUCAUCAGGUGCAGGCCUGAGGUUUUCACGGUUCACACUGUUUAUUUUCUUCUAAUCUGCACCAAUCUUAUAUUUCAUGGUUUGCACUUUUGUAUUUCAAUAAAAAUCAAGAUGUAA